UCAGGUUAGGGUGUGUAUGUAGAUAAGAAUUUCCAGCAUGUCCACAUUCUUUCCCCCCGCUACUCAUUGAUUGGUCUGUCCAGGGAAGGUGAAACUCAUUAUUUGGCUUUUCACUGUAUAGGAACACUAGAAACAGGUGCAACUGCCCGGAGUCAACAUGCAGCUUCUGGGGCUCUCCGCUAUGCUACUGCUUAUUUCUGCCGCAUAUGGGCAAGACAAUACCACUGCUCUAGUUGUUGAGGUUGUUGCAAAUCCUCUCUCCUCAUCUGCAAUUAUUGCAUUUCCAAGCGGAUGUCAAUAUUCAUCCAAGGCAGUAACUCUUUAUGUCAACACAUCCAACCAAACUACCCCACAAAUUUUCAGUUUUACCACGCCACAGUGCCGCCUGAAACGUGACAUUAUCGUAAUUAACAGCUCACAGUCUGGCAAUGUGGAAACCGUCAACGUGGGUUACCAAAUCCCAGGCCUAAGUGCAGGCACCUCAUACAAGGCAUAUUAUAUGAUCAACGGUCAGCAGUUUAAAGAAGUGGCUUUUAUUACAAAGAGUGGCCUUACGGAUAUUCCACCAGUUGUUUUUGCUCGAAGUGGAGGAAUGGUUGUGAUUACUGUUAUAUUAUCUACUGCAAUGUUCUUGCUCAUUGUUGGUUUGAUUGUAGCUCUUGUGCUAGGGGGAAAAGGCAAGUAAUAAAAGUACAGUGGCCAUGUUAAUGAACUGUCACUAGAAGAAACAAGGUUCCAUGUUCUUCACUGUGGGGAAAUGUAAAGCACCAUGAGAUAAUGUCAAUGAGGGGUGUGAUACGUUUGUAAUUUUUGUGUAUGUAUUUUGACCGAGAUUUUGUGUAAAUAGUGUUUUUCUAAUUCUUU